CAUGAACACUGACACUGCAUCGCUCGGGAACUCGUCUGUGAUACUCCACUAAAACCUUCCCAAAUCCACCAUGGCUGAACCAGUUGCUGAUAUUGCCCUUAUUGGGUUGGCCGUUAUGGGCCAAAACCUCAUCCUGAACAUGAACGAUCAUGGCUUUGUGGUAUGUGCUUACAACCGUACUGUAGAGAAGGUUGACCGUUUCCUGGAGAAUGAGGCCAAGGGGACCAAGGUGGUCGGAGCUAAGUCCCUGGAAGAGAUGGUCAGCAAACUCAAGAAACCUCGUCGUGUCAUGAUGCUGGUCAGCGGUAGCGCUGUGGACGCCUUCAUCGACAAACUGGUUCCUCUCAUGGAGAAAGGUGAUAUCAUCAUUGACGGUGGAAACUCUGAGUUUCAAGACAGUCAGAGGAGGGUGAAGGCUUUGGAAGAGAAGGGCUUGCUCUUUGUCGGUAGUGGUGUUAGCGGGGGUGAGGAUGGUGCCCGCUAUGGCCCCUCCCUCAUGCCAGGGGGUUCCCCUAAGGCGUGGCCUUUCAUCAAGGAUAUCUUCCAGGGAAUCUCAGCCAAAGUUGGGUCUGAGCCUUGCUGUGAUUGGGUCGGUGAGGAUGGAGCAGGUCACUUUGUGAAGAUGGUGCACAACGGUAUCGAGUACGGUGACAUGCAGCUGAUCUGUGAGGCCUAUAACCUCAUGAAGGACGUGCUCGGCAUGACAUGUGAUGAAAUGAGUCAGGUGUUUGUUGAGUGGAACAAGGGAGAGCUUGAUUCCUUCCUGAUUGAGAUCACCAAGGACAUCCUGGCCUUCAAGGAUACAGAUGGAUCCCUCUUGGAGAAGAUCAGGGAUAGAGCAGGGCAGAAAGGCACAGGAAAGUGGACGGCUAUCUCUGCCCUGGAUUAUGGCAUGCCAGUCACGCUCAUUGGUGAGGCUGUGUUUGCCCGCUGUCUGUCAUCCAUCAAGGAUGAGCGAGUGGAAGCCAGCAAGCAGUUGAAGGGACCUGAUGCACCAGCAUUCUCAGGAGAUAAGAAGCAAUUCAUUGAAGAUAUCAGACAGGCCCUGUAUGCUUCAAAGAUCGUAUCCUAUGCUCAGGGAUUCAUGUUGUUGAGGGAAGCAGCCAAGCAAUUCAACUGGAAUCUCAACUACGGAGGAAUCGCUCUGAUGUGGAGGGGUGGAUGUAUCAUCCGUAGUGCAUUCUUGGGUAACAUCAAGGCAGCCUUUGAGAAGGACCCCAACCUCACCAAUCUCUUACUCGAUGACUUCUUCAAGAAUGCUAUCCAUAAAUGCCAGGCAUCAUGGCGAAAGGUCCUAGCUGCGGCUGUCAUGCAAGGAGUCCCUACUCCAGCUUUCAGCACCGCAUUGGCCUUCUACGAUGGCUACCGUUCAGCUCGCCUUCCAGCCAAUCUCAUCCAGGCUCAGCGUGACUACUUUGGUGCACACACCUACGAGCUUCUCUCUGCACCCGGCAAGUUUGUCCACACCAACUGGACAGGCCACGGAGGAAACGUCUCCUCUUCUACUUACGACGCUUAGAGUCCUUCUUCCACUCUUAUCGGCACAUCUCCAACAAGCACACUGCCCUCAAGACCAUAAGGGAGCAUCUCCAAAUAGAAGAAUUUAAGUUGAAAAGGGUAGAGUGAGAUGUUGUAUUCCUCGUACACAGAGGAGUAUAAUAACAAUACAAAAUCUUAUUCCUAUAGCCCUAGGUGUUCAUACACCCAUGUUUUGUUGUUGUUGUGUUGUGUUUUUUUGGGGGGAUAGGGUUCAUAUAAUAUGCUUAUGAUGUUUGUAACAUGUAAGUCAGCAUACAAAAAUGACUUCACCUGGAAAGGAGAAAAGAGUUGUGCUUGUUGGAUGUACUCUAGCUGAUGUAGCUGUAAUGUCGAUAUCAUGUAAAUGGUGAUAUAUAAUUUUAUACUACAGAGAUAUUAAAAGAUUAGUUGAUAUGUAAUAUUUUCACAAGAUUUUGUAUCAGAUUGCAAAGCAAAACUUUUGUCAGAGAUGACCUAGGAACGGUGCAUUAAUGUUGUUAGCUUUAAGUUGGUAUAUGCAUAGCUUGGUUUAACCAUAACUUAUUUGAUGUCUCUGAUUGUUUUUUAUCGUUUAGCUCACAAACUUACGGGAACAAGGUUCACUUAGAAGUAAAUGUCGAAAGAUUUCAAUUUGUAUGGCACACUAUUUUUUCUCAUUUUAUGAUAUUUCUUUGAAGUAGAUAGAGAGCACACUAUUUAGUCAAUGAGGUAUUUUUGUAUAAAUUUGCUCCGUCUCGAUGCAAAUGUAGUCAGGCUUUGUAUGCAUUAAAUGUUAUGCUGACUUUAAAGAUAGUUGAAAACAGCCGAGUACUUGCACAAUCUAAUUUAGUACUCAAUGAAUGUGAUACAUUAGGAUUUGAAGUUCAUUUAUUCCUCUUCGCAUCAUACAAUCAAAAAUGAGUUUCAUGUUUGAAAUAAUGUCUGUUUAAUUAUAUGGAAAUUUCUCAUAAUCAAAUUAUGUUUGGGGUGGGGCAGGAGGACUUUUUUUCCCCAGCUUUAUUUCAAAAUACCAUUGUCAUACCUUGGAUAUCAGUCCUUGGAAGUAGGCAUAAAGUUAUACAAAACUUAUUUGCCCCUCGGUGUCCGCAUUGUGUUUUGUGAAAUUUUGGUAUUUUAAAAGUGCUUUUCCUUGGUGAAUAACGUGUGCAUGUCAGCAUUGGCAUUGUAGAUUAACAUUCCACUGUAUGAUUAGACCAGGGGCCUGUUGCACAAAACUUACCAUUGAUGGUAACUACCAUGGAAACCUUGAUUUUGAUUGGCUGUUGAGCCCUGUUACCAUGGUAGUUGCCAUUGAUGGCAAAGUUACCAUCAAUGGUAAGUUUUAUGCAACAGAGCCCACUAGAAAUGUUGUAACUGAUCAGGUAUCAAUUCUUUGAGUUAUUGCUGUAAUAAUUUUUUUUAGAGCUGAGUAGAGAGAUCUGACUAAUACAUGUAAGUCAUGUUUGCUAUAUCAAAUACAGGAUUGGAAAAUGGGAUUGGUUUUAAGCAGAGAAGUGAGUUUCUGGUACAGGUAAAUUGUCAUUACACAUGCCAGGCAAACCUACUUGUAUAACGGAAUGGAAAAUUGGCUUUUCAACUUAUACCUAUGUUCAUGCCAGGAAUGCACAGUUCAGUUAUGCAAUGUAUGAAUCAAAUAUUUGUGUAAAUGCCAGGAAUGUAUGUUGUGUUCAAGUGAUCAUGAUGGUAUGGCCACUAUCGAGAGUCUGACUGAAAAUUCAAGAACAAAUUGACUGGUGGUUAUAAAAAAGACAUGUCCUCAAUGAUUUACGAUUUGUUAUGAAAAGCUUUGGGUAAACAUCAUAAGGAAGUACACUAAGAUUUUUAGAUAAAACAACUCUGGAAGUCCAUUAGGACAUGUCCCUUAUGGGAAGCAAGGAAGACAGAAAAUACAUUCUGAGCAUUGACGAGAACUGAUAUACACUGUACACUGUAGGGAAUAUCUCAACUUCAGUUUCAGUUCAUGCUUCCUUUUCAAGUCUAAAUAUUUUGGUUUUGAUGGCAGAUUUUAGUCUGCCAACAAUCAAUGCUGUAUCAACAUUGCUCUACAUAUAUACAUGUACUUAUAAUAAGCCUGCAGAACACUUUGAGUGCUGUAUCCUUUUCAUGCUGAAAAUCCUCUUUGUAUUGAGGCUUAGAAAAUAUAUGUUUCCUCUUCAAUUUCUUGAUAAGUAUCCCAGAACUCAUCUUGAAAAGCCAACUCAGAUCAUGGAAAAAUCUAUAAUUUUGUCAUUUUUGUCAUCAGAACAUCAAAAUGUUAGUGUCUUUGCUGUAAGCGAAAUGAACCUUGAAUGUUGCUUAGGAAUGUAAUGAGACAAUAAACUAUUUCCCACUUGAUUAAGCAAGUUACUAAUUACUUCUUUACUUUUCUUUUUUUGAACAUUCAUUUAGGUUGUGUAACUAGAUCAGUACUAAACAUUGUAUUGUCCUAUGCAAAUCAUAGUGGAUUUGAAUGUGUAUAAUGAAUUACGGACUCUGAUAAUUUGCUUCACAGCCAACUCUAUUGUACCCAUACUCACAUGUACAAGAGUUUCUCUAGACCAACUUUUCUAAUUGGUUCUGGUGCCGUGUAUUUUGUGUAACGCUGCAAGCUUAUCAUGAAAAAUAAAAGAGAAAUUGAAUCAAUAUGAUAAUCUA